UUCACGAAGCAUAUUCCCUCAUUCAUCUCAAAACCCAUCAUCUCCGUGCUGGGUUCAGAGCAUUGCUACAAGACGAUCGUCGAAGACCUUGACAUCACAAAUACUGAGUGCCUCAAGCUAGUCCUCUCCAAGGGACUUGGAUUAGGUAUUGUCGCCGGUGGAUCAAUUGUCAAAGUCCCGCAGAUCCUAAAGCUCAUCUCGUCUGGCUCAGGCGAAGGGGUCAGCGUAUUGUCGUACUUGCUCGAGACGGCCGCUUUUGUCAUCACGCUUGCGUACAACUUCAGGCAGGGCUUCCCAUUCAGCACCUAUGGCGAGACUUUGUUUAUUGUUGUCCAAAACAUCGCCAUCUUGCUGCUCGUCUUGUCCUUCAAGAAGAAGUACUUGACUGCCAUUGGCAUCUUGCUUGGACUGGGUGGUGCGUAUCAAGCUCUCGUGGGCGCUGAUGCUCUGCCCUUCUCCAAGAUUCAAUUCCUGCAAAGUUUGACGAUUCCUAUUGCGCUUGGCAGCAAGUUGCCUCAAAUCUACAGCAUUCACAAGAACAAGUCGACCGGUCAACUCAGCGCUUUCGCAGUCUUCAACUACUUGCUCGGCAGUCUUGCCCGGAUCUACACGACCGUAACAGAAGUCAAUGAUCCCCUCAUCUUUUGGGGUUUCAUGCUCAGCACUGUAUUGAAUGCUGUCUUGGUCGCACAAAUGAUCAAGUACUGGUCA